AUGUCUUCUCAAGCUGCCCCAAAGACCUGCAAGGUCAUCACGGCCGAAACAAUCGCAAAGAAGCUGCUGCUCGAGGUCAAGGAAACCCUUGCCAAGAUCCAGGAGACUGGUAGCAGUGCCCCGACCCUGGUAGCAUUCCUUGCAAACGAGGACCCUGCCGCUAUCAAAUAUGCCGAGUGGUCCAAGAAGACCUGCGAGGAAAAUGGGUUCAACUUUGAGCUGCGCAUCGUCGAUAAGGAUCUCCUCGAAGAGGACAUUAUGAAGGCCAACGAGGAUGAUGCCGUCGACGGAAUCAUUGUCUACUACCCAAUCUUCCCCAAGAACCCCACCCACGACAAGUACGUCCAGGAGACGGUUGAUCUUUCCAAGGAUGUCGAGGGAUUGCGCCACAGCUACUUGCACAACAUGUACCACAACAUUCGCUUCUUGGACGCUCCCGAGAACAAGAAGAAGUCUAUUCUGCCCUGCACACCGCUGGCCGUGGUCAAGAUUCUUGAGCACCUCCAGAUCUACAACCCCAUCCUCGCUUAUGGCAACCGCCUGUUUGGCAAGACUAUUACCGUCAUCAACCGAUCCGAGGUGAAUGGCCGCCCUCUUGCAGCUCUGCUGGCCAAUGACGGUGCCACAGUCUACUCCGUAGACAUUACUGGCGUUCAGGUCUUCACUCGAGGCCAAGGUAUCAAGAAGCCUCGCCAUCAGGUAGAGGAGAAGGAGGGCUGGGGUCUGGAGCAGUGCCUGCCAUUGAGCGACGUCAUCAUUGGAGGAGUGCCCGCCGAGUCAUACAAGGUGCCGACAGAGCUCAUCAGGGACGGUGCCGUGUGCAUCAACUUUUCCUCUUUCAAGAACUUUGACGGAGACGCCGUCAAGGAGAAGGCAUCCAUCUAUGUGCCAUCCGUUGGAAAGGUCACAAUUGCCAUUCUGCUGAGAAAUCUUGUGCGUCUGGUUGCGAACCGUCCCUCCAAGGAGACUCUGGAUAAGAGCACCAUCCAGGCCCGAACCGAAGCCUUUGCCGACGAUUGA